AUGGCUCCCUCUACCGUCAUCGACCAUGCUGAGGCCAACGGCGUCGACAUCGCCGCCAGGGCCGCUGUCAAGCAGGCAGAGCUGAACGGCACUGCUGAGCGCCCUCCCGUGCCCGACGACUACAUGUAUGACUUCAAGUACAACCACGCACUGCCGACCACCGACGUCCUCGGUGUCCAGAUUCCACAAGACUGCGAUGCGCAGGCCGAGGCAGAGAGUAUCGUGAGACAGCUCUCCGAUGCUCUGAGCUCUGGAAACGCGGAGGCCUUCGCAGACUUAUUCCUCGAGUAUGGCGUCUGGCGCGACAAGCUCUCCUUCACCUGGGACCAACGGACCUUCAACUUCCGCCCGGCCAUUCUGAAGGCGGCCCGCGACCUCCUCCCCACCACCAAGGCCUCCAACUUUGCCUUCCUCAAGCCGGCUCCUGUAGUCGACCGCCCCUUCGACGACUUUGCCCAGCUGCAGUUUGUCGUGUCGUUCGAGACAGACCUCGUCGUCGCCUCGGCCGUCAUCAAGGCCGUUCUGACCAAGGACGGCUGGAAGAUCUACACCAUGCACACCGUCGCCGAACAGCUCAAGCAGUUCCCGGAGCGCGCCGCCGCCGACGGCCACAUGACGGGCACGAUCAGCUGGGAGGCGCAGCGCGCAAAGGAGGUCGACGCAGCUGACCCCGAUAUUCUCAUCAUCGGCGGCGGACAGAACGGUCUCGCCCUGGCCGCAUGGUGCAAGGCCCUCGGGCUCAACUGCCUCAUUGUCGAGCGCAGCGAAGAGGUCGGCGACGUCUGGAAGAAGAGGUACGAGUACCUCUCCCUCCACUUCCCCCACUGGGCCGACGACCUGCCCUUCUUCCGCUACCCCAAGCAAUGGCCCACGUACACCCCGGCCCAGAAGCAGGGUUUCUACAUGAGCUGGUACGCGUCCGCGCUGGAGCUCAACAUCUGGACAAAGUCGGCCGUCAUCGAGACCGAGCAGGAUGACCAGGGCGCGUGGACGGUGAAGAUCAACAAGAACGGCAACGAGUCCCGCACCGUCCGCCCCAAGCACGUCGUCAUGGCCACCUCCCUCUGCGGCGUCCCGUACACCCCCACCAUCCCCGGCAUGGACACGUUCAAAGGCGGCGAGAUCCGCCACUCCUCCGCGCACGACAGCUCCGCCGCCUUCGCCGGCAAGAAGGUCUGCGUCGUCGGCACCUCGUCCUCGGGCUUCGACACCGCCUUCGACUGCUCCCGCCGCGGCAUCAACGUCACCCUCCUCCAGCGCUCGCCGACGUACCACGACCGCCUCUUCUUCUCCACGCCCGUCGGCCCCGGCGAGGAGCUCGGCCGCCGCACUGCCAAGGUGCUGGAGGACCUCGACCGCCCGCUGCUAGACGCGCUCAACGCCCGCGGGCUGCGCACCUGGCGCGGCCAGCGCGGUGCGGGCCAUGGCACCCUCAGCCAGACGCGCAACGGCGGCUUCUACUUCGACGCCGGCGCGUGCGAGCACAUCAUCAACGGCAAGAUCAAGGUUGAGCCGGGGUAUAUUGAGCGGUUCACCGAGGACAAGGUUGUUCUGAGUGGCGGCCGGGAGCGCGAGUUUGAUCUUGUGGUGUUCGCGACCGGCUUCUCCAACUUGAAUGAUUCGAUCCGGGAUACCCUUGGCCCCAAGGUUGCGAACCAGGUCGGGCAGGUGUGGGGUGUCGACGAGGAGGGCGAGUACAAGGGCGCCUUCCGGGAGACGGGGGUGAAGAACCUCUGGAUUAUGGUGGGAGCCCUGCCCGUGACGCGGUUCCAAUCGAGGAUUUUGGCGUUGAGGUUGAAGGCUCUUACGGAGGGCAUUUCGCCUCCUCCGUACAAGGCUUAG